AUGUUGAAGACUAUUGAUGCAGUGGCAGAUGGCAUAGGACAUGUGAAAUUGAUUGAGUUUGAUCCCUCGAAGCCGCAUCUGCUUGAGUACGUAAGGGUCCAAGUGGUGCUGGACAUCAAUCAACUUUUAAGGGAUAGGAAAUCGCUAACGUUACCUGGAGGCAGAAUUGAGUAUGUAGAUGUUGAGUAUGAAAGAGUGAGGAAGAAGUGUUUUCACUGCCUGAGACUUUCUCAUGAAAAACAAAAGUGCCCUUUGCUUCAGGGUUCCCGUAACAAAGGGAAAGUACGGAGCAGUCGUAGCAGAAACACAAGUAGUAGCCGUUCGUCUUGGACACGCCGUAACCAGAACAAACGUAGAGCCACUCAGGUUUCAGAACAAGGAAAAUCAGAUGCUAUGGCUCAAAGGAACAUGGAGGAAGGACCUGCUAAACGCAAGGCGCAAGAUGAGGGUGAAGUGUCGUCUAAGAUGGCGAAACAAGUGAAGGGUUUGGUGGUUUCCCCGAAACCAUCCCAUGCUCAAUGA